AUGACUGUGGUGGGUCUCAUCAGCAAGAAUGAUGAGUCAGCAUACAGAGAGGAGGCGCAACAGCUAACAGACUGCUGUAGAGUCAAUAACCUGUCUCUGAACGUCAGCAAGAGCACCAAAUUCAUUGGUGUUCACCUGGCAGAGAACCUCUCCUGGUCCCUCAACACCAGCUCCAUAACUAAGAAGGCCCAACAGCAUCUCUACUUCCUGCAGAAGUUGAGAAAAGCCCAUGUCUCACCAUCCAUUCUCAUCACCUUCUUCAGGGGGACUAUCGAGAGGGUCUUGAGCAGCUGCAUUACUGUCUGGUAUGGUAACUGCACCGUAUCGGAUGGCAAUACCCUACAACGGAUAGUCAGAACAGCUGAGAAGAUCAUUGGAACCUCUCUUCCCUCCAUCACAGACACCUAUCGCAUCCUCAAAGCCAUCAGCAUUGUGGAGGACCCCAUGCACCCCUCACACACACUCUUCACCCUGCUGCCUUCUGGCAAGAGUUUAAUCUCUUCCCCAGACAAAGGACAGGUUUUAGUCAUCCACAGUGCUAGUUACGGACGGCAUGACAAAACCACGUGCUCUGAUGGACGUCCUACAUCUCAGCUCCAAGUUGUCACAUGCUCAAGUUCCAAAAGCGAUGAUGUUGUUGCUUCGAGCUGUAAUGGGAAAAACAGCUGUACUAUCCCAGCGACUAACUCUGUGUUUGGAGACCCCUGUGUUGGCACCUACAAGUACCUGGAGGUGGUUUAUACUUGUCAGUUCCAGACUGUAACGUGUGAAGGAUCCGAGGCAAACCUUCAGUGUGCUGAAGGACAGGUUUUAGUCGUCCACAGAGCUCAUUUCGGGCGGCAGGACAAAACCACGUGCUCUCUUGGACGUUCUGCCUGCCAAAUCAAAAAGGUCGACUGCACAACUCCUGCGAGUAUUAAUUUGGUAACUGACAGAUGUAGCGGGAAAAAUAACUGUAGUCUCUCAGCAACCAGCUCUGUGUUUGGAGACCCCUGUAUUGGCACCUACAAGUACCUGGAAGUGGAUUAUACUUGUCAGUUCCAGAGUCUAACAUGUGAAGGGUUUCAGGCAAACCUUCAGUGUGGUGAAGGACAGAUUAUUGUUGUCCAUGGAGCUCAUUAUGGUCGCCAUGACAAAACCACAUGCUCUGCUGGACGUCCUGCUUCUCAGCUCCAAGUUGUCACGUGUUCAAGUCAGAGUAGUACUGAUGUUGUUGCUAAAAGCUGUAAUGGGAAAAAAAGCUGUACUAUCCCAGCGACCAACUCUGUGUUUGGAGACCCCUGUGUUGGCACCUACAAGUACAUGCAGGUGGUUUAUACUUGUCAGUUCCAGACUGUAACAUGUGAAGGAUCUCAGAUAAACCUUCAGUGUGGUAAAGGACAGGUUUUAGUCAUCCACAGAGCUGAUUAUGGGCGGCGUGACAAAAUUACGUGCUCUGCUGGACGUCCUGCCUCUCAGCUCCAACUUGAAACGUGCUCAAGUCCUGGGAGCAAGAAUAUUGUUGCUAACAGCUGUAAUGGGAAAAGCAGCUGCACAAUCUCAGCAAGCAACUCUGUGUUUGGAGACCCCUGUGUUGGCACCUACAAGUACCUGGGAGUGGUGUAUGCUUGUUACUGAAAACAUUAAGUCAACUAUUCAUUGUGUGAUCUGACAUGAAAAUGUCGCAUCCCCACUGUUGAUGUCACUUCCACUAGAAUGUCGAGCCUCGAUGACAUCACUGCUGGAAGAUGUAUUGACAAAUAUGAUUUCAUAUCACAAUAAAAACAAAUAAACACAUA